GGACUUGCCCGAGCUCGCCCAACUGAUGAGCACGGGCGGCCUCUGCGUCGGCCUCCUCGACCCCGUCUCCAACAUCAUCCUGAACACGGUCUCUCUCCUCCCGCCCGGCUUCCAAGAUGCUGGCCCAAGGAAGUCCACGAGUCUGGCCAACAAGAGUAUGUUUUACGAUAUUGCAUCGAGAUCCUACCUUGCUCUCAUCGGUUUCUUGCUGGACUACUUCGGAUGCCUCAUCGAGGAGCAGGCCGGCCACUACCUCCGCUGGGCCGACGCCGAUCUCGCCCUGGCUGUCCUGCUCAUCGAGUACGAUCUCUUCUCUGCUUCUGCUCUGACUGAGCUACUCCCCAACCCUGGAUCCGGAAGAACGCAAGCAAGCCUCGAGCUCGCAGUGCGCAGAGCAGGCCACCCUGCGCCCGACAGGCUCGUGCAGCUCACCUCGUCCGUGUUCCCCCCGCAGCGGCUGGAGGCUAUCAAGUCCCUUCUGGCAGGAGGCACCAACCUCACUGUAGACGACCUCUAUCUGCUUCACCGCCUCAUCCAACAAAGCGGCGCCACCUCCAACGUCCAUAUCACCUUGCUGCCACAGGGAGGCCUCAUUACCCGCGUUCUAGAGCAAGCUGUUCAUGAAGGAGCGGUUGCCGAAGAGACCUCUUACCUUGGAGAUGGCUACAAAACCACCACAAUCAAGCCAGUUGGAGACUACAUCUCAUCCUUGCGGUCUAGUGAAGACAUGGAUCACAAGAAAGAACUCUGUUGGACCAAAGGAUAUGCUCGGCAAAGAAGCUUUAAGGACCACGAAGUAUCUUGCGAGCGCCUCGAGACACUCAGGAUGCGCAUCCUGGACAUUAUUCAUAGCUUGUACCUUGAUGCGAUCGCCCUGCUGCCCGGCAAAGGUGCUAACUGGCUUAUCCGUGACAUCCUGGUUGCUGGUCACUGCUAUGGUCUUUUGAAUCCGGUCGGCAACAUCAUUGUCAAUUCCAUCUGGCACAACAGAUUGUGCCCGCUCCCAGUGGCUGAUUGCAAUGCCCAGUAUGACAUCCUUGACCCGCUCUCUUUACUCCGCACAGAAGUCCGUUCCCUAGAGGGCACUGUGGAAUUUAUUCGUGCCAUGGCCACUCAAAUCUCAAUGAGGGACAUGGAGAUUAACCUGUAUAGGAGUCGGUGUGACACCCGUUGGGCGUACGAGAGGUUUUUUAUUGGAAGAUAUACUGGAAAAGCUGACCCCUUGUUUAGAGCGGCUGUGUCUGCCCAACACCCUCUGCCUGCUGCCCUGGAAUUGUUUCACAAACAGCUGUCAAAAGACUUUGACAAGAUGGAGGAGCUGAGGUCCGUGUUCAACACCACUAGUGUGUUGUCUGUUGGUGAUAUCGAUCGUAUAGCUGACCUUGUGGACGAGAUAAUCAAAAUCACUCCAGAAUUGCAACCUAGUUUGCAAUCUCAGGUUCCCCAAAUGCACAAGGACGCCUAUAGCACAAUGUUAAGAAAGCGGUCAGAAUAUGAGUGCCAGAGCAAGUACUUCCGGUCAAAGGUUGGAGAAAUGCUAGACAAAUAUUCCGCUCAGCAUCCAUGGAAAGGAAAGUAUACACUAGGAGUUAUCUGUGCUGUGGAGAAAUGUGGAUAUUUAUCCACAGAAGGCUUCUUCGUUAAUUUUAUGGCUGAGGGCACCAACGGCAGGAACACACUUUUUUUUGCUGAGUUCUGGGUGUCACACAAACCAGAUGAGUCAAAACCAGAUAUAUGUUGCCCUCUAGACCCUCCAUAUACUGGCCGCUGCUUCUAUAGUAAGAAUUCUGCAAGGAAGAUUGUGUAUCCAGAUUCGGUAAAGUACUUUAUGUGCGAUGUUACUGCACGUGGAGUCGGUAAUGUGGAUGACAUUACAGACACAGAUUUUGUCUAUUUUAAUAGCGAGAAGGAUGCAGAUUUUGUGAAGAAGGUGAACAGCUACUACGCGGAGAACUCGCUUUUGCCGGCCAACUGUUUUGGAUACUGACACAAAGAUGUUUGCGUGCAUCAAUUUUGCUGACCAUUAUUCGAUCUCUUCAGUAUCAGAGCCUGGAAUAGGUUUGAGCUUGGGCGAACUUGUUUGAGCAGGAUUAACUGAAAGUUUUUUUUUGGCCGUGCUACUCCCUUUCAU